CCUACAUCAGUAAAAGUGUCGCCACGGUCUCAUCCAAACCUCCAGCGUCUAUAGCCCUGUUCUGAGACGUGCACUACCAUGCGCCAUAGCCAUGCACACCUUUUACUGCUGCUGCUUCUCUGCAUCGCAUUAAGUGUGCACUGUGAACUGGACACGGAUGUGGUGGUCCCGACGCUGCUGGCCGGACCAGCGGCGCACCUGUCCCGGGAGCACGACCCACACACGGCACGUCGCAGGCCGCGCUCACUGGAUGCUUCUGGGGGAUCCAGCUGGAAUACCGGGGACAUCCUCGUGGCGCUGCCCGCAUUUGGGAGACGGCUGGUGCUAAAUCUUACACAGGACACUUCCUUUCUGUGGCGGGACUUUGUAGUGGAGGAAAGGCGAGGUGAGGACGCAGAGUUACGGAGGGUGCCCCCGGAGCAGCUAUGUUUCUACUCCGGCUCUGUGCUGAACCACUCUGGCUCUGUGGCGUCUAUCAGCACCUGUGGAGGUCUGACAGGACUUGUCCAUGUCGGUGAGGACAUGCUCUUCAUCGAGCCUAUGGUGAAGUUCCCAGUGCAAUCCUUCUCUGGUCAGAAACACAAAGUACAGAGACAAAGACGUUCUGCUCCAGAGCCCAGCUUAUUUAGGGAGCAGACCAGCUCCUGUGGCACUGGACCAGUGCAGAGGGGCUUGUCCCUUGGAGUAGCUGGCCGGAGGAGGAGGCACUCAAUCGGGGUACAUGAGGCCUACACGGUGGAGACAGUGGUGGUGGCAGACUCAGACAUGGUGCAGUAUCAUGGAGCAGAGGCCGCACAGCGCUUCCUCCUCACUGUCAUGAAUAUGGUCUACAACAUGUUUCAGCACCAAAGUUUGGGGGCCAGGAUCAACAUCCGAGUCACCAAGCUGCUGCUGCUACAUAACCGCCCAGCCAAGCUGAAGGUGAGUCACCACGGGGAGCGCUCCCUGGAGAGCUUCUGUCACUGGCAGUAUCAUGAACUGGGCACCAGGCACCUGGGCACUAACUAUCUGCCUGGGGCCAGGGACGACGUGCCUGUGGAUGCGGCUGUGCUGGUUACCAGAACAGACUUCUGCGUCCAUAAAGACGAGCCGUGUGACACUGUGGGUAUCGCAUAUCUGGGAGGGGUCUGCAGCUCCAGGAGGAAGUGUGUUUUGGCAGAGGACAAUGGACUUAACCUGGCCUUCACCAUCGCCCAUGAGCUCGGGCACAACAUGGGGAUGAGCCAUGACGAUGACCACGCCUCCUGCACUGGACACUCCCACAUCAUGUCUGGAGAAUGGGUCAAAGGUCGCAACCCCAGCGACCUUUCCUGGUCCUCCUGCAGCCGGGACGACUUGGAAAAUUUUCUCAGGUCUAAAGCCAGCGCCUGCCUGCUCCACACUGACCCCCGGAGCCGAUACCAGGUGCGGCUCUCUCCCAAACUGCCUGGGAUGCAUUACAGCGUGGAUGAGCAGUGCCAGAUCCUCUUUGGAACCAAUGCCACCUUCUGCACAGACAUGGAACACCUGAUGUGUGCAGGCCUGUGGUGUAUGGUGGAGGGAGACUCAGCCUGUAAGACCAAACUGGACCCUCCUUUGGAUGGGACUGAGUGUGGAGUGGACAAGUGGUGCCGAGCAGGAGAGUGUGUCAUUAAGAGCCCCAUCCCUCAGCACAUUGAUGGGGACUGGAGCCCCUGGAGCCAGUGGAGCAUGUGCAGCCGGACCUGUGGCACUGGAGUGCAGUUCAGGCAGAGAAAGUGUGACAACCCUCCUCCUGGUCCUGGGGGCCGUCACUGUCAGAAGGCCAGUGUGGAGCAUAAGGCCUGUGAGAGCCCCCCCUGUCCUAAAGGGGCCCCUAGUUUCAGAGACCUGCAGUGCCUGUCCCACGACCGGCAGUUCCCUCUCCUGAAGAGCAGCAUGAUGACAGCGAUAGUCAACGAUGAGAAGCCAUGCGUGCUUUUCUGCAGUCCGGUGGGGCGCAGUGUUCCGGUGCUGGUGUCUGAGCGGGUGAUGGACGGAACGCCCUGUGGCCCGUAUGAGGCUGACCUCUGUGUGAACGGAAGAUGUCAGAAGAUCGGCUGUGACGGCAUCAUCGGCUCUGCUGCUAAAGAGGACCGCUGUGGGGUGUGUAAUGGAGACGGACGCUCAUGUCGAGUGGUCAGAGGAGACUUCAACCACACCAAGGGAAUGGGAUACAUCGAGGCAGUGGUGAUCCCGGCUGGAGCGCGGAGAAUCAAAGUGGUGGAGGGCAAGCCUUCUCACAGCUUCCUGGCUCUUAAGGACUCGGGGAAGAAGUCCAUCAACAGUGACUGGAAGAUCGAGCUCCCGGGAGAGUUUGAGGUGGCUGGGACCACUGUGCGCUACGUGAGGAGGGGACUAUGGGAGAAGAUGUCCGCCAAGGGCCCCACUACGCUGCCUCUGCACCUCAUGGUGCUGCUCUUCCAUGACCAGAGCUAUGAGAUUCACUACGAGUACACUAUGACUUUGAACGCAUCGGAGGUGAGCGUGGAGCAGAGGGAGCCUGAGCAUCUGUACAUCUGGACCCACAGCCGCUGGCUGGACUGCACUGUGCAGUGUGGAGGAGGGGAACGGAGGACUGUGGUGUCCUGUAUGAGAUUAGCCAAUAAAAGCAUGGAGGUGGUCAGUGACAGCUUCUGCCAACCUGAGAAUAGGCCCCUCCCACAGGUCCGGCCUUGCAACUCGCACCCCUGUCAGUACAGGUGGGUGACGGGCGAGUGGGGGUCCUGCUCUGUCACCUGUGGGAAAGGCCUCCAGCAGAGGGAGGUUGGCUGUGUGUACCAGCUGCAGAACGGCUCUCUCAUCCACACCAGGGACCUGUACUGCCAGAGCGGCAAGCCCCCCGGGGUGCAAGCCUGUGAGGGACGGCUCUGCCUCAAUGUGUGGGAGGCUUCCGAGUGGUCCAAGUGUUCGUCGGACUGUGGGGAGGGGGUCCGCAGCAGGACAGUGCUCUGUACAAACCCCCAGGGCCUCUGUGACCCCCUGUCCAGACCGCCCCACCAGGAGCCCUGCCAGGACCACUCCCAAUGCUAUGAGUGGAAGACCGGGGACUGGUCCAAGUGCUCCUCCUCCUGUGGAAAAGGCCUUCAGUCUAGAGUGGUCCAGUGCAUGCACCGCGUGACUGGUCGCCAUGGUGACGAGUGUCCGGUGAUGCUGAGACCCCCGGCCUACAGACCCUGUCACCUGGACACCUGCAACCAGAAGGUCAACGUCAACACCAUCACCUCCCCCAGACUAGCUGCUCUGACGUACAAGUGCAGAGGGGACCAGUGGGCGGUAUACUGUCGCGUGGUGCGAGAGAAGAACCUGUGCCAGGACAUGAGGUGGUACCAGCGCUGCUGCCAGACCUGCCGAGACUUUUAUGCCAACAAAUCUCUCCUCUCCCCUGACUGACCACAGCAGCUCGGUGAUCAUGGCUCUUAGCGUUAUUUGAAUUCUCUUGCAAAGACUGUAGGUGACACUUGUUUAUAUUUUGAAUUGCUCAAAGUUUAAAUGAAGACUUGAAUAUGUCCAGAACGUUUCUAUGCACCAAAAAUGAGUGUGAGGAACUCCUUGAAGUAUUCAGACAUGUUUUGCUUUUGUUUGUAGUCAAGCACAUUUCUGAUAUCUGUUCACGCUCUCGUCCACAGCUGUCUUCAGUGGAAAAUAAUCCACUGUGUUUUAAUGAAACACUUCCAGACAUUUUAGUUUGAUGGUUGGACAUUCACUGAAACCAUCGAUGUAAACAUAAUAAUAAUGUAAUAAUAAUGGUGUGUUGUGCUUUACAAGCUUGACUAGCUAGCUUGACAAGCGCUUCAGUAUAUUAUUAUUCAUUAUACUUUUGUAGCCACAGCUGCCCUGGGACAGACUGGGACUGACAUAGCUCUCCAAUCACCCCCAAUCUCUCGCACACCACAUUAAAAUGUAAUGCCGUAGGACACCAGUUAAAAGGCCCCCGCUUCACCACUAGAAUGUUCACUUUUUAUGCACUUGGUAAAACAUGAACUGAAUGGUCACAGACAAUGUUCCUUACAGCAAAACUCAUUAUAACAAUUUAAACCUUUGUUACUGUAAUAUAUGCAUACUGUUUAUUGUAACCGUAUUUUUUAAACAAUAUUCUGCACAUUUCACACCUGGCUGCCUGCUCCUGAGACGCCACUUUCAGCACUUUACAUGUUUAAAGUAACACUAUGUGACCCAGUGCAGAUCUGUGCCUCUGCCAGACCUCUUCUGGGCCUGAACAGUACACACCAGGGGACUCUGUGUUACUUUAGUCAUCUUUUCUGGUUAGAGCAGUCAGAACGGAGCAGGGGUCUUCGGGUGGAUGUGGGUAACACUUUAGUUUAGGGACUACAUAUUAAUGGGUAUUUGAUAUUAGUUAGUGGUUAUUCAGAUAGUGUUUAUAAAGCACUUAUGAAUACGUUAUUGAGAUAAGUUAAAAUAAUGUCUAAUAACACACAUAUGAUGCUUAAACAGUGGUUGAGAAUAUUAAAGAGCACUAUCGCAACACAACCAGCAAGUGUUCUGCUAAUGAAACUAGUGCACAUCACAUCGGGCUUGUCAGGUUGUUGUGUACAGUUUUGUAUCAUGCUUUUGUAUGCAGAAUCGUGUAGGAGCAUGGGUGACGUAGGCUUGUGGGCUUAGACAGGAUCUUACCGCUAACCGUAAAGAGGGUUUGAAUAGGGCUAGAUUAGGACGGUUUGAAUAGGGCUAGAUGACGCAAAUGCAUGGAUGACAUAUAAAAACCUCUUUGGACAUGUUUAUGAUGAGGGAACAACAUUAUAACAUGGUAGAAAGCUCAAAAAAUGAUAUUGCAUAAUACCCUCACUUAUCUAAAUGUCUAAAUAGUUGUUAAAUGCCGUCAUACAGGAAAAAAACAAGAACAUUAAUAGGAACUUUAUAAACUCUAAUAAAGAUCUAAUGAACUACUUAGUAUGCCCAUUAGUUUGCCAAUAAUAGCUGGUCCUUAAACCAAAGUGUUACCCUAAUAUGGUCAUUGUAAAGGUCCUAUAUCAUGCAAAACUAUUUUAGCUUUUAACCUUGUAAUAAUUUUUUUUUAUCAGACACACACCUGGAAUUGUGUUGUUUCCCUAUCAGAAGCUCAAAAACAUGCCCCUCUUCUCAUCAAACCAAGAUGGUAGUACUCCAGAAAUGCUCCUCUGUGUUUUUAAAGUACUUUUUUGCUAGGCCCAUUUAGGUUACAUCAUGUCAUUUCAUUUUCAUCACAGCACAGCUAACCAAUGUCAAUGGUAACAGGUUAAAGUGCAUAUGACAGAUUAAUAUAUUUUUCUAAUUAUUACUUGGUUUGGUGGGAUAGUACUUGUUGUAAAUAUUUAUCAUAGUUUUACAUCAGUGGUGGUUUGUGGGAAAAACGUUGAAGUUGAAAGUACAAAAAUAUAGAAACUAGUGGUGAGUUCUAAAACGCAAUACCUCUACUUGUGUCACUGAUACCGAAAAUUCCAUCCAAAAUUCAUUUAACAAAAUAAUGGUAUUGUCAUUUAUUUGUAUUAUUCCAAUCAUGACUAUUGUGUCAUUUAGACUAGUUUUGACCCCUGCAAAUUACCUCUGUGCAUGUCAUAUCUACUGCCC